AUGAUAGAUGAUGAUAUUGACAAUGAAGAAUUAACUCAUACUAAAACCGUUUUUCGACGUCAUUCAAAAGGUUCUGUUAUGUUUAGUGGAUGUUCACCAUCAGGUGACGUUAUUGUUAUUGAUAAUAUUAGUUCAACAAAAUCCUAUGAUUUAACUGGAUGGUAUAUUGAACGACAAACCGAUGCACAUUCAUUUCUUCGAUAUACAUUUACAAAUAAUUUUAUUAUACCUCCAUGGACAACAAUAGAAUUAUGGUCGAGUAGUGCAGCAAAUCGAACAAUGCCCAAUGAUGUUGAAUAUAAUCAAUCAUCUAAAUCAAUUGAAAAGCAUCAAGAACAACAACAGCAGCAGCAAUCAUUUGUUAGAGUUAAAACAAAAUUGUUAACAUGGAAUACAGGAUUACAAUGGAGUAUUAAUCGACUAAUGGACUCAAACGGACAUGAAAGAGCGAUUUUUACUCAUCGAACAUUGACAUCCAUAGAACAGGAAAAAGAAGAAUAA